AUGGCGCGGACGUGGAGCCGGUUUCUGGUGGUGGCGUUGUUGGUAGUCCUGCCUGCGGGACAGCUUCCCCUCCCUCGAACAAGCGGAUGUGGUGCGCCUUCUCCCGGGGCAGCCACAGCACCGCUGCAGGAUGCUGUCGAGGGCAUUGCAGGGCUUAUGCAGCGAUUUGAGCAGAUGCAACCGCGAAUAGCAGCACUGCCACCAGCUGAUCUGCAACAAAUUGCAGAGCCGGCGCAGAGAUUGCACGAGCGCUUCGAACAAAUGCAGCAAAAGCUCAUGGCCAGAAGCGGAGGGCCAGACCUUGAAGAAGAAGCUAUCGUGUUUCACAGGGAUUUGGCAGUCUUUGUGGACCAGGUUUCAUCCAGGCUGGGCAUCGGUCCGGGCGGAAGUCCGAAGCCUGGCCAGCUGGGCUCGGGCUCCCUGGGCCUGGGCCUGGCCGGUGCCGGAGUCGGAGCUGGAUUCGCGCCUGUGUCUUUGGGGAGCUUGCCGCCGGACCGUGGCUCCGUGGGAAUCGGAGGCGCUGCUUCAGAGUCGACAGAGAGACGGCUGCAAGCUGCCAUGCAGGCGAUCCAGUCAGGCAUGCAGCGGUUUGAGGCGUUGCACCCCAAGCUGCCGAACCUGCCGCCGCAGGCCUUCAACACCUUGGCCAACCAGGCUCAACAACUUCACGAGGAGUUCUUGACCUUGCAGAGGAAAGGUAUCCAGCUUGCCGGAGAUGGUCGACAAGCCAUGCUGGAGGCAGAUGCUGCACCGUAUGCAGAUCAGCUGGAGUCCUUCGUAGCCAGGCAAAUCAACCUCGUGAAUGAAGCCGAGCAGCAGGUGCAGCAGCUGGGUGGCUCUGGAGGCUAUCAGGGCAUGCUGGGAACCCGACUGCCCAGCGGGGUGCAGAGUGCCGCGCCGGAGGCAUCCAUGCCGCAGAUGCAGGCUUCACCGCCUUCUGUUCCUGGCCAGGUGACACCCGCCACGGAUGCCAAAUUGUCUGCCGUGAUCGACAAGGUCAUUCGGCUGAUGCAGGAGUUUCAAGGCAUCGUGCCACAGCUGUCCCGAGUGUCUCAACAGGCCAUUGCCCCUCUUGCAAACGUGGGCGCAUCGCUGGACACACGCUUCCGCGAACUCCAGCGACAGGGCAACGAGAUAGCGGGUGACAGCAGCAGGCCUAUGAAAGAGAAAGAUGCCAGCGAGUACUUGGGAGAGCUGGAAACUUUCCACGCCGAGCAGGAACGAUAUGUCGAGCAGGUCAGGGAAAUCCUCAAAUCCAACCCCAGCUCAGGCGCUCCCUUGGGCGCUCCUGGAGCUGGGGCUGGGAUCCUUGGCAGCGCUCGGCUGGAAGAUCUGCGCCCUGGAUCCAUUGGUGCCAGCGCGAGCAUGCCCAUGGGAGGCAUGCCAAGCGCAGCUCCACUGCCUGGAGUUGGGCUUGCCAACGCUGGCAUAGGGGCCGGAGCCGGAGGGGCCCUGGGGUCAGGGUUCCGGCCUGGCCCAGGACUGGGCAGUGGACUCGGCCAAAACCUCGGGUCCACGCCGUCCACGCCCAUGCAAUCUCAGCCCGGCCUUCCAAGCGGAUUGGGGGGCGGCUUUGGCAAAGCCCUUCCAGUCAAUAGUCUUCCCAGCUUGGGCGGGAUCAACUCUGCGAGUGGUGCGGGCAUCCGACCUGACAUGCGGCUGCCCAAGAUUGAGGCACCCGGACUCUCAAGUCUUGAGGAAAUGGGAAGCGUGAAGCUCAACACUGCGGUGUUGCCCGACGGUGGCACAAGCGUUUGCAGUGGAGGUGCAUCGUGCGGCGAAAAUCAGAGCCGCCAGAGUUAG